GGAACCAGUACCCCGAACCUCCUCACUCCUCAGAUCUAGAACCUCUACCACCGCCACGGCGCCGCCCCAGCCUCUCGCCGGCCGCGACACCCCGUUCUCCUUCGUCUUCCCCGGGCUCCGAUCUGGUCGCCGGGACCCCAUGUCUCAAGGAACCGAUGGUUGACAUGGAUUCGGCGCCUCAGGACGUGCUCGUGGAAGUCUUCCGCCGCCUCGCACCGCGCGGCCUCGCUUCAUGCCGCUGCGUGUGCAGGGCGUGGCAUGCCACCGUCGACGCCAACCGCCUGCUACGCGCGGAUCUGCUCCCGCUCACGCUGGACGGCAUCUUCUUCGAGACCUCCAUGUUCAGCACCUCGAGGCUCUUCUCCCGCCGCUCCACGGGGCGCAAGGUGACCUCCAGGCUAGACUACUUGGACUGCCCGCUCGCAAGAGCUGAUCUCUAUUGGCCGAUCAUGGAUUGUUGCAACGGCCUUCUCCUGCUGGCGGAUUCGGAUCAUGUUGUCAAUCCUGCCACCCGACAGUGGGUGCGGUUCCCCCCGCCGCCGCGCUCCUGCACAGCCACAGAUUGCCACAAAUGCUUUGAUUAUCGUUAUCUUGUGUACGAUCCCACCGUGUCGCCACACUAUGAGGUGUUUUCAGUCCCUUUGAUUCCAUUCAAUCUUCCAACGGGGCAUCUCUCUAGGCAUAUAUGUCAUGAUGAUCAGUUGGUCUCUGCGAUGGAAUGACCGCCGUCGCCUUACAUAAUGCAUGUUUUCUCCUCAAAAACUGGGUUAUGGAAGGAGAAGUCAUUUAUUCGCCAAGGGGAUUCCGCAGGAACAAUCGCAGAGGUAAGAUCGGCUUAUGAACCAUUCUACAGUGCUGCCUAUUGGAAAGGGGCGCUCUAUGUUCAUUGCGAACAAGAUUCCGUUUUCAGAAUUAACUUGUUGCAUGAUGAGUACCAACUAAUUAAGCUUCCAAAAGGAAAAGAAGGAUAUCACAAAGUUCGUAUUGGAAAAUCGAAGAAUGGGGUGUAUUCUGUAUUCUGCGAAGGGCUAUGCACAUUUCAGGUUUGGUUCCUUGAUGAAUCGCAUGGCCAGACGGAGUGGGUAUUGAAAAGUGACAUAAACCUUCAACCAGCUGACAAAAAUUAUGCUUGGAACGAGUUGGACGAUGGCCCCUGGAGCUUACAAUCGGACGAUCAGAGGGACUGGGUGUUGAAGAAUGAUGUCAACCUUGAGCCAGUGGACGGCAUCAGGGGAGCAACAGUGCAAGAUGAUUUUGAAUGGGACACUGACAAUGAAUGUAUCAUUGGCACUACAGAUUGGGGAAAAAAAUGAAAAUCCAACAUACUUUCAUUGUCUUGGAUUUCAUCCUUACAAAGAGAUUCUUUUGUUUCAUGGGGCCCGUAGAACAGUCGCCUGCUAUUUUGAUAGUUUGAAAUUUCGAGACCUGGGUAAGAUGGACUAUAGAUAUGGCGAGAUACGGGAGUGUUUUCCAUAUGCCUCUUGUUGGAUGAGAAACUUACCAGGAAGCAACUAAUGCAGAAAACCACCAGUAUCUUUUUCCCCUCUUAAUUACUGUUGAGACUUGAGAGUAUUUGGUCUGAAGCAAAUGGCUUGUAGCUUCCUUUUAAUUUAUAAUAGUGCUCUAUCCUAUUAUGAGAAAUAACAUGAGUAAUAUUUUAUUUUAAUUUA